GCCGUGGAGAAGCUGUGCUCGUCGUCAUGGCGGUAGCGCUGAGCCUCUUUCUGGGCGGGCGUGUCCGUGCCGCUGUGGUUCGCCGUGGGUUCGCGACCCGGGGAGUGACGGGCCCGGGCCCCGUCGGUCGCGAGCCGGAUCCCGAUUCCGACUGGGAGCCGGAGGAGCGGGAGCUGCAGGAGCUGGAGAGCGCCCUGAAGCGACAGAGAAAAGCUAUCCAGUUCCAGAAAAUUCGGAGGCAGUUGGAGGCGGCCGGCGCCCCGCCCAGGACCCUGACGUGGGAAGCCAUGGAGCAGAUCCGGUAUUUACAUAAGGAAUCUGCAGAGUCCUGGACAGUUCCCAGAUUGGCUGAAGGCUUUAAUGUCAGCCCUGAUGUGAUCCGAAGGGUUUUGAAAAGCAAGUUUGUACCCACAUUGGAGCAGAAACUGAAGCAAGAUCAAAAAGUUCUUAAGAAAGCUGGGCUUGCCCACUCACUCCAACAGAUUCACGCCUCUGGAAAUACCACAAAACCCCUCUCUGCAGGCCACUCCGUGUCAGGCUCUCUGCUGAUGCCAGGAAGCAAAGACUCACCCACAGGCCAGAGUCACAGCACAGCUUUGAAAGUGUUAGACUCAAACACUCAUAGUACAAGUACACGGAGGAGACAGAAGGGAAGAAAUGGAGGAGACCGGAGCCUGGAAGGAAUAAAGGAGAGCUUUGUGCCUAUAGCUGCAGCUGUGAGUCAACCGAAGGGGUUGCAGAAAUACUCCACCAGUGAUGGAGGGAGUACCAGAGGAACACACAGUCAUGGAUUGCCAAAUGAUGAGAAGCUGGAGGAAUUGAAAGCAGGCAAGCCAAGUGACCAGAACUUCAGCAGCAAAGUAGUGCAGAGGGGGCAGGAGUUCUUUGACAGCAAUGGGAACUUCCUGUAUAGACUUUGAGCCAGACCUGCCUUGUGGAGAGAUGUGUGGGACAGUUGGGAAGGUGUGCGUGGAGCUGUACCUAGUGUUUUGCUUCUGUAUUAGUCACCUUGAAAGAAGUAAUGGGCCUGGAAUGAGAAUAGUAACGAGCUGCUUGUACUGGACUGUUGAUAAAGGGCAAUGAACUUCAGGGCCAGUAUGUAAGGGGCCAAGGUGAAUGUUGGGCUGGAUACAUCUAUGAUUUUUAGAGCACAGCUUCAGAUGUGACCCCUGUGGCUCUUGACUACUUACCCUUCUUGCUUGGGCGCACUUUGUAUGUUGAAAACCAGCCUGGGUUGCAUGUAUUGCCAGUUUGUGUGAUAACCUGAAAUAGAUGUUUGGGAGGAGAUGAAAAGUUUGUUUCUGAUCUCAUUUCCUCCCUAAUGAAUACUAGCAAUUCUGGAACUGUAUGGUCAAUUAUUUGUUUUCUUUAUCUGCAAAAUAAAGUAAAAUGUAGCCGGC